ACGCUCGAUUCGUUGCCUCGCAUUUUGGGUGAUGCUUUGCGGUCUCAUACGUUCGUUAGGAAUUUCAUGCCAAUUUUGUGUGUUUUUGUCAAAAAUUAAUAGUAUUCUGUAUUUAUACCGUUGACACAUCGAAACGAAACGGCUAUAAACACAAACACGUGAAAUAUAACUUGUCUGGGUUUUUGUAGGGAUGUCAGACAAUGGGCAUGGUGGUCAGACAUCAAUUGCAAAUUUGGACAUGGUGGAUGGCAUGUUGGCAAAGCCCCCGCAUAUCCAACGAUUGGAGCAGGCCCUAAAUCUUGACUAUCUCACAAAGCAUGUUGAGAAAAUUUUACGUGAAGCAGAAAGCAAUAGCGACAGUGAGGAAGAAGAUGGAAUACCAUCAGAUGAAGAAGUGGAAGGAACCAAACUUGUCAAUGGCAUCAUAGUGUCAAGAGCAGAAAGAAGAAUAGACAAAGCAAGACUAUUUAAUUUCUCAAAAGUCAAGAAGAGCAGAAAAUGGUUAAAAAAUGCACUAAUGAGCGACUCUGAGUCUUCCGAGGAUGAAAUAUCAGAGACAGAUCUACGUGAGAUGCUCAAGAUGCAUGAGCACCAAAGAAAACACAAGCAGUUGUUUUCUGAUAACAAGGAGCUGCAUCAAUACCAGUACUAUGGUGCAGGGUUGCUCUCAAACCAAGACAAAUGGUAUGAGCAUCAGAGAUUGGUCUUGGGCCCAAAAAAGAAGCAACUCGUUAAAGCUCAGAGAGAGAAAAGACUGAAAGCGAAACUAAAGAAAAUCAAAGCACAAGAAAAGAAACUGGCACAACUUAGACAGUUUGUUGCUGAGUCAUCUGAUCAUGAACCAGAGCCAGCCAGCAUUGGCAGGAAGCGACCAUAUAGAAAGCGACCAAUGACGCCUGCAGAAGCCACUAUGAAGCGCAGGAAAAUUUGGUCUUUGAUAUGCAAGAAAGAAAUUUCAAAGGUUCAAAAGCAGAAGCACAGUGCUAAGAAAGAAAAUCUACAGGUGGCUAAAAGGCUGGCGGUGGGUUGCCUGCGUGAGCGUCGCAAGACUGCACUGUUGUCGCAGAAGACUGCGCGCGAGACUGCAUCCAGAAUGAGACGCCUGACACGUGAGAUGCUGCUGUACUGGAAACGCUUCGAGAAGGUAGAGAAGGAGCAUCGAAAGCGUGCGGAGAAGGAAGCCCUAGAGCAGCUGAAGAUGAACAGUGAGCUUCUCGAGGCCCGCAGACAACAACGCAAGCUCAACUUCCUGAUCACGCAGACUGAGCUGUAUGCUCAUUUUAUGAGCCGUAAGCUUAGUGAUGUUGAUAGUGAGACUCAACAGAUCCUUGGCAGGCUAGAUGAGCGACCAGCCAUCCACUCGGUGAACAUAGGGGGCGCCACUCUCAAUAUGGGCAUAAACGACGAGGAUUAUAAGAGUGACACUGUCAAGCAAGAUGCACUGAAAAACGUGAAGCAAGCAUAUGAGACGGCUGAUGCAAAGCGAAAGGGGUUUGACGAUGAAGUCUCUUCACUAAAGCAACAGAACUCUGUCACAGAAACGUUCAGCCUCAGCAAUCCAAGCAUAGUGGGAGAGGAGGAUCGGCAACAGCCGAAGAUGUUUCGUGGCACACUAAAGUGCUACCAGUUGAAGGGGAUGAACUGGCUUGCCAACCUCUACGACCAGGGCAUCAACGGCAUUCUCGCCGAUGAGAUGGGACUAGGGAAGACAGUGCAGACGAUCGCUGUGUUGUCACAUCUCUGUGAGGCACACAGUAUCUGGGGACCAUUUCUCAUCAUCGCACCAGCUUCAACGUUGCACAACUGGACACAGGAGUUCUCCAGAUUCGUUCCGAAAAUGAAGGUGUUACCUUACUGGGGUAAUACAAGUGAUCGCCGCAUCUUGCGCAAGUUUUGGAACCAGAAGAAGCUGAAUCUGCACACAGAGGAUGCAUCGUUUCACGUUCUUAUCACCAGCUACCAGCUGAUUGUUCAAGACGUCAAGUACUUUCAGCGGAUCAAGUGGCAGUAUAUGGUGUUGGAUGAGGCACAGGCUAUUAAAAGUAGUGCUAGUAUUCGGUGGAACAUUUUGCUAGCGUUCACCUGUAGAAACAGGCUUCUUCUAACAGGAACACCGAUCCAAAACAGCAUGGCUGAGUUGUGGGCAUUACUUCAUUUCAUAAUGCCAACUCUAUUUGACUCUCAUGAUGAGUUCAACGAGUGGUUCUCUAAGGACAUUGAAAGUCAUGCAGAAAAACAGACAGGCAUCGAUGAAAAGCAUCUUUCCCGGUUACAUAUGAUUCUGAAGCCCUUCAUGUUGCGCAGAAUUAAGAAGGAAGUGGAAAACGAGUUGUCAGAGAAGAUUGAGAUCUUGAAAUCCUGCCAUCUGACAAACCGUCAGAAAGAUCUGUACAUUGCGUUGAAAAACAAGAUUUCUAUAGAGGACCUGCUUCAGACGACAAAUUCGAAUCCCAGCCAGGUGCAAUCCUCCACAAGCAGUCUUAUGAACAUCGUCAUGCAGUUCAGAAAGGUGUGCAAUCACCCUGAGCUGUUUGAAAGAAGAGAAGUAAAGUCUCCUCUUUACAUGGAGGCCCCCUCGUACCAGAUUCCAUUGCUCAUCUACAGACAAGGUCUGACAACCCCUGGUGCACUCAAGACUACUCACUUGCUCAAAGGCAAGCUGAGUCUCUUCUCACCGGAUAAUAUUCAUCGAUCGAUAUUCCCAGCAGAAGGUGAAGGUGAGCGUGGCAGCAGUUGUUUUUCCUUCCUGAGAUUUGUUGACACAUCACCCUCUGAGUUGUCAUCAAUUAUGCUUGGAGGUGUGUUAGUCAGGUGGCUUGCAGUGGUGAAGUGUCUGAUUCAAGCACAUCUGCUCUGCCAUAGAAGGAAUUGGUCAGAAGGCAAACCUAGGAUUAGGUACCUGGACAGGUGCGCAUUUCUGCUGGCGCCAUCACGUGUCACAUACUUCUCCACACUGCAGUCGAGUCAUCACAUGUCUCAUCUUGUCUUCACAUCACCCACCUCCACGCUCUACACACACGUGGAUGCGACGGAAACGCUCCCACUUGAGUGGAGAAACUCACUUUCACGACAGCCGGGCGGCAUCACAAAGGGUCUGGCAACAAAGAGGUACCGAGCCUACGACUGUCAACCUGCAUUCCUACCACCAUACAUGGUUCAUGUCAUACCAAAGGUUUCAACCUCAACACGGCUGUGGUACUGCCCAGACCGAAGUGCCGCGUGGCAGGUACGUGAGAAGACACUAGGAGGUAGUGCCGAGGCGAGGCAGGUCACGAUGUAUGGCUCGCCACAGCUUGUGCCUGUGAAGGAGCAUUUCUCUGCACAAGCCCAAGGUGGUCUCCUAGCAUGUGCCUGCGUCAAUGGCUGGUCACACAUACAGAUACCCGACAAAGAGACUCUCGUCACAGAUGCAGGAAAGCUGUACGCCCUCGAUCAGUUACUAAGGGAGCUGAAGGCAGAUGGUCACCGCGUGCUUAUCUAUUCACAGAUGACCAGGAUGAUUGACCUGCUUGAGGAGUACAUGUGGCAUCGGAAGCACACAUAUAUCAGAUUAGAUGGUUCGUCAAAAAUCUCGGACAGGCGAGAUAUGGUAGCAGAUUUCCAGUCCAGGUCAGACAUAUUUGUGUUUCUACUGAGCACUAGAGCUGGAGGCCUUGGAAUAAACCUAACAGCUGCUGACACUGUAAUAUUCUAUGACAGUGACUGGAAUCCAACAGUGGACCAACAAGCUAUGGAUCGAGCACAUCGACUUGGUCAGACUAAGCAGGUGGUUGUAUACAGACUGAUCUGUAAAGACACAAUAGAGGAACGCAUAUUGCAGAGAGCCCGUGAGAAGUCUGAGAUCCAGCGUAUGGUCAUUAGUGGGGGACAGUUUAAGCCAGACACUCUCAAGCCAAAGGAAGUAGUGUCCCUAAUACUGGAUGAUGGUGAACUUGAGAAAAAAAUGUCACAGAAGCAGGACCACAAGAGGUUGUUGGAGGAAAAGAACAAAGAGAAAGACAGGAAGAGAAAGAGAGAUCAGUAUGUUAGCAGCAAGUCCAACAGCCCUGCUGAGCCUGGAAAGCCAGUCAAGCGUGGACCGGGCAGACCACGGAAGGUAGUGAAGCCGCCAGAUCCACCUCCCCGUGUGCCUGAUCAUGACGCUGCGUCGGUUGCGAGCCUCGAAUCGCCUCCAGCAAGCCCUCUCAGUGAGAUUUCAUCGCUAGCAAUUUUUGGUGAGGAAAGUAGUGACAUCAUGUUGAAUGUUGAAGAGAACUGGGACUUGUUAGCUCCUGUCGAACCAACACCGCCACCGCCUAAAAAGAAGAAGCGUGGCCGGCCCAAAGGCAGUGGCAAGCGUGUACGCGGCACUGUGGCAACGCUAAGCGCAGCAGAGCAGGCAGGUGUGCAGGCGGGUAUGUCAGCUGCCAUCUCUGCAAUCGGACUCAGCAUGCAGGCUAGAGGUGCUGCAACACCACCCUCUCGGUCAUCGUCAUUUUCGAGCUUGUCCUCAUUGCCCAACUCGGCGUCACAUUUCACAAGGUCUCGGUCAUCUCCAGGCCGUGGUUCUUCAGCCUCAGCCAAGGGAACGCCAGGCACAAGCCCCCGCCACAAAAGAACAUGACUGAUGUUCAUGGCAGUUACCAUAACAGUGUCGACCAAGUCUCCAACUGAAGAUAAGGUGGUUUUUAGAGGCGAAAUUGGUCGGAUAUAUGUAUAGGUAGCCCAUGUAAAAAAGAAUUUGUGUUAGACUCGAACUAUUUGUAUUAUCACAGCUUGAUCUUGAUUUCAUAAUAGUCCACAAGGUAUACAAAGGUACAAGGUAUACAAGUACCACAAUGGAUUUUUAUAUAAUUAUUGGAUAUGUAAGUGAGCUACAGGUAAACAGGAACUAGUGCAAGAAUAGCAUCAUGCUUCAUGACAGCAUGUAUUUAUCGCAGCCAUGCACUACACAGUUUAGCUGCAGUACAUAACAUCUGCUAUACCAGCAUUUUAUGCGUGAUCCUAGUGUGCAUUAUUAUAAUAAUAAUUAUGUGCUAGAUGUGUUGCUAUCAUAUCUAAAUAAUUGAUUAACAAAUCAAAUGAUGAAUCAUAGGCCUAUAUAGAUCCUCUGUAGCAGAGGCAUAAAUGUUAUAAUCGAGCAGUCGAUUCGACUAUCUGCAUCUUUUCGAUAAAGCAGUGCAGUGGGCUUUUAUGGCAAGUGUAUCUACCCUCUAAUCUAUAGUUGCUGCAGUAUAUAUACACGUAGCUGAAAAUGCGACACCUGUCACUUAUAGACCCGAUUAGUAUUGUCCUUGCUAGCAAUCUAUAGCAAUUAAAUAUGUAUACUGUCUGCAGUGACUCAGACAUCCCUAGCUGUGCCUGUGCUCAACAAGGGACUGAAGCGCAGCUAUUUAUACAGCUGAGUACAAUGCUAUGUAUAACAAAUUUUUGAAACUCAAUUCCGAGCUUUUUAACUCGUCCCGAUGACGUGACUCUGCUGCCCAAUGAACCCGCAGCUAUACUUACAAUCACACAGUGGUUUAUAUAGCGUACGUAGUGAAAAGUAGACCCCACCUCCCAAACCUGAUUGCUGAUCCUAACAACGGUUUUACCGACCAAUGUGUGUACUUCAGACUUUGAUACCAACAACGUUUAACUGUCGUAUCCAGUCGAGCAAAGCAUUUGAUUGGAAUGGCAUGAAUAAUUGGGUCAUUGUAAUAAAAGUGUUUCAUCUUUACGUGAAAUGGCAUUGGUAUUUCCACAUCUAGGUCAGUUAGGUUUGUCAGUGUGCCGUCUUACAUAUUAAUCAGGCUAAAAUGCAGAGCAACUGAUGAUGUGUAAUGUACUGCUACUUGUUAAUGUAAUGCAUGUAUAGAAGGUGAGAUUAUUUCGUGGUGUAUGCAUAGUCUAUGUAUGGCACAUGGUCAGAUGUUAGCUCAACUGUUCCGAUUAAGGGGGCUAUCACAUAAUGUCGUGCAUAUUGUAUUAGGGGUGGGACAAUCAUCGAUGUAUUGACGUAUCACAAUACAAACCUUGACGAUACUCGUAUUAAUACAUUUGACCAUUCACGAUGCAAUUAUCAAUGCGUUUGACCCUUCACAACACACGUAUUGAUGCUGUAUUAAAUCAAAUCUAUAUCAUUUAUCACAGUAGCUUUUUUAGAACAAAAGAAACAACAAAUUCACAGUUUUUAAGCUCUUCACGAUACUGAUUUGUAAGCGUUCACAUGAUUGGUAGAGUCCCGGUUUAGAGUAUAGUUUGCUAGCUAGUUUCUUUCUCAAAUAUUGCAAUCUGUAUUGUGUCGUGAAGGCUGUAUCAUGAUGUAGAUUGUAUCGUGCGAUAUCCGUAUCGUCCCACCCCUACAUCGUAUACUGCUUAUCUGUUAUUGUUGCCAGACGCACAUCUAAAUUAUAAUUACCUUUCCUACAAACCAUGUAAAUACACAGUAUAUCUUGUUUUGUAUUGGGGAGAUACAUUUAUAAAAUGAGAGCGAGAUAGGGAGAAGUUGAGAGGUGAAGCUUUUUACACAGAAGAAGUGUGGAGUGAUAGAAAGAGUGUAAGAGUGUGUGAGAGAUAGUGUGUGUCUGUGUGUUAAUGGGUGUCAGUAGGAAGAAACUGACUUCAAACUAGAACUGGAUUAAAAACAAGGUUCAAAGGUCUUUGCAAACUAAUUUCCAACUUCCAACUAAAUUCACGUGCAUAUAAAAGUCUGCACGUUUACAAAAGUCGUAAAACAUCAGUUUGUAGAAACCCCAUAAUUUUUUUUCGUAGAGGUCAGUUUCUCAGGAGCUUUUGUCUGCUGCAUCUAAUAUCAGAAUCAGGGUCUGAUUAAAAAUUUCCGUCAGAAGUAACAUCUUCCUGCCCACUGGGCUGUGUAUUUGUUGCUUCUGCCGGCUUUUGAGGUUCGCAGUAACGGACUUAAUGCCUGCUAUUCAUGAAUGUGGUCUGGAAGGGUAGGUGUUCAUUACCUGAAACGAGCACUGGCUGCUAACUUCUGUGACGAAGAUGGUCUUUUGUCACCAAAGUGAUCAUUUAUUGCUCUGAAGAUUAUAGGACUAUGGCGUUGUGAAGUUCUUGACAACUGCCUCUGUUUCUGUCGGAGUCUUCACCCAUACCGACUGCAAACAAAAGGUGAAAAGACUGACCAGCGACGUUUGUCAACGUGUGCCUUCUGUUGUUGUCCGAGUUUCGUAUCAGGCUUCCAGAAUGUCUCUACAUCUCUCCUCUGUAGCUGUAUUUGGGCUGGUAAAGUGAGGUUCACUUAAACUUAAAGUUCAGCUUACUUCCAUCACGAGCUAUUCUGGGCUGGGCCCAUGCUGUACAGAUGUAGCUUUUAAAAUCCGUGUUAAGGGUUUUUGCCUCGUUUUCGAUUUGUUUAUUUUUGCACAGCGCUUUCAGCUUCUCUGUUGCCCAGUGGUGAUGGGGUGGGGGGGCUGCUGGUGAUGUGUGUGAACCCAGGAUAGUGUUCUAUUCAGCUAUAAUACACGUUUGCAAAUUUCUCGCCAUGCAGUUGCUGUCUUGAUGCAUGCAUGCAUUCACAUUUUUGUAUCCCCAGUUCCCCGCGCUCUCUUCUUCAUCAGCCUAUAACAUGGAGGGAUGUGUUGGACAGCCCUGCAUUCGCAUGAUAAAUAAACACGAAAUGUAUUUAC